UCGGAUGUAUACCACGCCUACCAAAUAGUCGGCUCCCACGGCAUACCCGACAACCAGAUCAUUGUAUUUCAUUUCGACGACAUCGCCGACCAUAAGCUAAACCCGACGCUCGGGGUUGUCAUCAAUAGGCCUAACGGGACGGACGUUUACCACGGGGUGCCCAAGGAUUAUGUCGGCGCUGAUGUCAAUCCUAAAACUUUUCUGAAAGUACUUUCUGGUGACCAGGAGUUAGCAAAUGCUGGCAGAAAAGUGCUCAAAAGUGGACCUGAUGAUCAUGUGUUUAUAUUUUUCGAUGACCAUGGCUCAAUGUUUGACAAGUUGUUACCAAAGGACAUCAACAUAUACGCGACUACAGCCUCUCUGCCCACCGAGAAUAGCUAUCAAUGGGAUUUGGACAGCACC